GUUUUCGACGAAACGAAACUAUUACGCGGAAAUGAAUAUAGUGAGCUCUUAAACGCAGGGAGGUUCAGUUCGUCACAACACCAGCAAUGGAGAUAACCUAGACUUUUACAGGACAAGGCGUGGUGACAAUUUUGGUUCAAGCCAAAAAGAUAUGCUUUUCUUCGGAGAACCCUGAAGAGAAAAAACACAUCAGAGAGUUGUGUUACGACAACAAAGAGCACAAAUCCUGCAUGCUGGGAGACCUGUCAGACCGCGCUAUCACCGGACACGGCCGAAUCGCCAAGGCUUGAAGAUGAAGUGCUCGGAUUGCGGUCACAUUAUUGUGGAGAAGCAAGCCAAGUUCUGCAGCAACUGUGGCUUCAGGCUUUCUACCCAACCUGCUACUGCACAGAUCACAGAAAAUCCACCUCAUCCACAAGUCGCUCAUUUGGAAAGUGAAACUCCGAUAACAGAUUCUCAGAAAAAUGACCAGCUGUCUGAAAACAAGGAGGCCAAGAGGAGUCCCAAACGACACAAUGAUGAAAUGCCCAUCUCAAAGAAAAAGAAAAAAAAGAGGAAGAAAAGCAAGAAAAAGAAAGAUGGUAGCGUGUCAUCAGACCAAGACCAAACUCAGCAGGACUCACUUACGUCUCUAGAAGACAACCAAGAGAAGAGGACGGAGGAUGGAGGAGACUCUUCUGACAGCUAUGAUGAGGCAAAAGAGGAAACAGUGGAUUCACUCCAGACCCACUCGCUACAGGAGGACCUACCUAGCUCAUUAGUUGCUAGCAACACAGGUUCCCCCUCUGAAGACACAAAACUCACUCAGAAGUCUCCUGGUGAAGCUGAAGAAUCUGCAAAAAUGAAAUGUCAGGAAGGCACAGAUGAACCUAAAGAGGGAGAGAUCAGUGAGGGGAAAGCGGAUGAUAAUCAGACACUCAAAUCUGCUGACACUCCAGAGCAACACUCCAUCUUAAACAACAAAAAAACUCCUAAAAGUGAUGCAGAUAAGGCAGCAGAGGCUGCCACAGAUAAAGACCAACAAAGUGCUGGGAAAAAAUCCAAAAAUAAGCAAGAAACAAUCACGACAACGCAGUCUGCAGGGGUUCAAUCUGCCAAUUCUAAGGGAAAACAAUCCGGGAAUCCCAAAGAGAAGGGCAAAAAUCGAAAUGAUCCACAGCAGAAAGGAAAGCAUCUCAAGGAUGAGGAAAACAAGGAAAAAAACCAGACCGAUCAGGAACAGAAGAAGAAACAUCAAGAGGAUCAAAAACAGAAGGAGACCAAUCAGAACGAUCAAAACAAGACAAACAAAAGUCAAAACAAACAAAAAGGAAAAGAUCCGCUGACGCAUGAUGAAUCAACAUCCGAGGCUGCCAACGUAGGCAGCAGUGUGGACCCAGAGAAAAUGGACGUUGAGGAGUCUGGACCCCUUCAGAUGUCCUCAGAUGAUAACAAAGAAGGGAAAGGGGGGAGCACGGAAAACCCCACCAAGGGGAAAGCUCCACCCCCAAAAACACUGACCAACAAGAAGAAUCUUGCUGUGAAUGAAAGAGUCACCAUCUACUUCCACGCCAUUCUGUCAAAAGAUUUUAAAUUUGAUCCAGAAAAAGAUCAAAUUUUUAUAAGAGCAGGGUCGGUCCUUGGGUCAUGGAAGGACAAUAUUGCUGAACUCUUUGUGACCAGGGAUUUUAAAGAACAUGGGUUCUUGGUGACUGGCAGUGUUCAAGCCAAAAAGUCUGACGUUGUCUCUGAGUCCAUACCCUACAAAUAUGUGGUGUAUAAGCACAAAAAGCAGGAAUAUGAGUAUGAGUUUAUAUACAAACUGGAUUCUUCACGGUUUCACACCAACAGAUGUUUGUUUGUGAAACCUCGACUCCUCACUGCUGAUGGGGACUGGCAUCAGUAUGAUGACAUCAUUUGUGUUGAGCCAUCCAAAGGGUUUCUCCAACGCCUGAAGGAAAAAGUUUUUUCUGAACAGAAAAAAGAUCUCAUUCAAGGCAGAAUGAUCGCGGGGGAUAUUAUGUUGGAGACCAUAUUUGAUCUGCUUACCGGUAGUAGCUGGAGUGAAACAAAUCUGAGAAGUUUCCAGAUUCAACUGAGCCAGUUCUUCCAGGUUUAUGGGAACCCCUUUGUUUUUGAGGAGACAGGAAAUAAAUGGAGCUCCUUGGGAUUUGGGGAAGAUGAUGUAAGGAGGUUGCUGAAGGAGUUCAUGUUGGGAAAGGUGAUGCCCCAGCUGAGGGAUAAACCUGUGGAAAACUGUUAUAUUCGGGACCCCCUGAAAGCUGCUGUGAUCGUGCUUCAUGUAUGUAGACAGUAUGGCAUCAGACUUAAUGACGCCGAGCGCCAUCGCCUCUGUACUGCACUUUGCCUACCCAAGAAAGAGAAGGAUGCCUUUCAUGAGUACUGGACAGACCUCUCUCAGACCAUCGUCCCUGUUCUACACAGUUUACCACAAAUGUUGGUAGAUCUAAUCAAGGAAGUAAAGAAAGCAGGAAUGCUUCGGUGGAUUUUGGUGUUACCACUUUUGCACCUUGUCAAAGACAGCAUCAAACCCUUCGAGGUACAAACCUCUAGAAAUACAAAGUAUGAUUUGUCUUGGGCUGGACUCCAAGGACUAGAUAUACACAACAUAACACUGACCAGCGAAAAAACCAGAGAGGUCAUCAGAAUGAUGAAAGAUCACAGUCACUUGAUGGAGGUGGAUUCCCUUUUAAUUCGAUCCUGCUUGUAUUUGAUGUCAUUCGAUAAGCUGAUGGAGUUCAUGAAGGAUCUGAACCCAGAGCUUCUGGAGGUUCUUCUAGUUGUCACACAGAAAGUUCCUGAGGAAAUCACUGUCAGCAGUUUUGAAACGGCGACAGAAAUCCUCAGUCAUAUUCAACAAAAUCUCAUUGAGGAAAAAUACAAUUACUUCACAGAGACUUACAGAAAACAGUGUCUGGGGACGGCAGUGAAACUGUUGGAGAAGACCUGCAAAGGGGUCAAACUGGGAUCGUCUCUCCAGGACUUUCCUGAUGUUCCUCUGGCAUGCAUGAAUCUAGUGGCAUCAGUGUCGGAUUUUUUGCAGUGUAACAAGCUGGAGGCUCAAGAAAAUGAUCCAGCAGUCCAAGAUUUUGCAAAAGGCUCGAUCACUCAGGCCAUGAACUCAAUGAGAACCUGGAUGAGCCAGUCUUUCAAACAGAGUUUUCACAGAAGGGUUUGGUCAUACUUAUUUCAAGAGAAAAAGGCGGAAUUUGAAUUGUGGAAUAACGUGAUUUCCAUCAGCUUCAAAAAUGAAGAAUCGACAGCACAGUGGAGACAGACAUUUUCUGUUGAUUUUGAGGGCAAAUACAAACAGGAAUCCGCUGAUGAUCAAAUCAAAUUCUACUGUGAAAACAUUGAGGAACUUGGUGCCUCUAAUCCACAUGUUGCUUCCAUUGUGGAGAAAUGUGCUCUUGAGGCUGUUACAUCUUUAUGCCAGACCAAGUCUGAAGGCAAGGUGUUUAAAUUUUUUACUAUUACUGGGAAAUUUUGGAAGCUCAUCUCAACCAUUAUUGAAAAAUCCUGGCCAAGAGACAGUCAAGGACAUUACCAGGAUGAUGAAGAAGUUGUUCUUCGACACCUCCUCUCCUGGACUGCAGCCAAAGAUAUUUUCCAUCUACACGGAAAGGAAGAGAAGCUGUUUGAAAAGCUGUCAGACGAUGCCAAAGAAAAAAUUGUCCAGGCCAUUUCAGCAUUUACGGCCAUGAACCAACAACUGGUUCAAGGACACAUCAAAAUCAGUCUGCUGAGGAUCAUCCUACAGAGGCGAGACGCCUUCUUAGAACUGCAGAAGAUCGACUGCCUUUCUGAGGGUGGACAAUACAGCUACACUGCCAAAAUGAAGAAGCUUUUGGACCACAGACGAACAGAAGUGGAAGCUGUGUACCAUGAGAAGCAGCUUGUGGAUGUCAUCCUAGAUAUGAGCCACAAACUUGAGGAACACGUGCCAGUUGAUGUUGACGACUUGAAAGAAAAAGCACAGAUCAACAUUGAGAUCAUGCCCCUUAACGAUUUCAUGAAAGUUUACCAUUUUGACGAACCAGAGACAGAAAUGACCGGCAUUGUCAGCUACUUUGAACUGGAUGAUGAAAUCAGAGAAAUGGGAGAAGAGCUUCACACCUUUCAGGAGAGUUAUCUUUUCAAAAUGCUUUGGGAGAAAUAUGCCAGGAACUUUGCAGCUGACGACAGAGAGGGAGAUGACCCCGAUGAAGAUGAAAUGGAAGACAAAACAGCAACGCUUGAUGUUAUAUAUGAUGAUAUUUUCAAGUAUUGUAUCGAUGAAUACAAAAUCAUCCAUACCCGCCUGAAGAACAGCAGCAUAACUCUUGAAGAAGUCAACCAGCUUUUUGGUGCCUACAAAGGAAAGCACAAUGAUCUAUCUCAGGAACUGAGAAUCAUGUCCAGAGUUGACAAAGCUGGUGACACACGAUGGAUUGACAGCAGGGUUGAGCAGAUUGUACAAUAUCAUGAACUCCAUCUAGCCGUGGCCUCAGCUCAGAUUAUCAUGAAGGUCAAAGAGACACUUGGCCUUCAAGGAGAUUUUAGAGUCUUGGAAACACUGACAAAUAUUCUUCACGCAGACUUUCAAAGAGAGCCACUGAGUCGCAUUGAUAAUGAGUUGAUGCAGGCAAAAAUGGUUCUGGUAGACAUUACAGAGCCCCGCUUAGUCUGUUUAAAGGAACUGCACAUCAGAGGACACUUUGUGAAAUGGGUGAAAGAUGCUCUUGAAGAUAUCAAUGAGUUGAAGGUGUUUGUUGACCUGGCCUCCAUCUCUGCGGGGGAGAAUGACAUGGAUGUAGACCGGGUUGCUUGUUUCCAUGAUGCCAUCCUUGGCUACUCCUCUCUGCUUUAUGAGCUCAAACCAGACUCUAACUUUCACGCCUUUAAAGAAGUGCUGAAGAAGCUCUGGAAAGCUUUUGAGAAUGACAAAAACUUACCUAAAAAACUGUGUGACAGUGCACGCCAUCUUGAGUGGUUAAAGACUGUGAAAGACAGUCACGGGUCAGUAGAGUUAUCCUCUCUCUCGUUGGCAUCAGCUAUUAACCAGAAGGGUAUCUACCUGAUUAAUGGGCAAAGGACAAAAAAGUUGAGUCUAGACACUGCCCUAAAGCUACAGAUUCCAGAGGAGCAUGAAGAUGGUCGGCAGAUGCGCUACUACUCUCUUGAGGACCUCAGGGAACUUCAGAACAAACUCAUGCUCAUGUCCGGCAAAGGGGACCAAGGGCAGAAUGAAGUUGAUCGUUUUGCUGAGGUUUUUGCCAGUGUCCAGAGGCUAGCUGAGGCCUUCAUUGCCCUUUACACUGCCGGAAAUCCUCUGUUCAGAAACUGGGAAGUACACAUUAACUGCUGCGUAAGAGGUCACGAACCAAGCAUUAUCAUGGAUUUUAACUUGCACAGAGCUGGCAGUGUCAUUGUGGAAGGCAGCGUUGAAGAACAACUUCCUGACCUCUGCAGGAAAAUGGAGAAAUGCCUUGAGUAUUGGAUGAAUUUUGUGGACAAGCAGAGAUUCCAUUAUUACUACCUCAACUACUAUACAGCUGAACAGAUAGUCUACCUCUGCAGACAACUGAGUCAACAAAAUAUGAGCAAUGUAGAAAACCAGGUUCUAAUGAUGCUUUCCUUUAUCAAACCAAACUGCACGUCUUUAGACUUACGGCAGAUCUGGCAUGACCUUCAAUAUGAAAUCCUGACCAAAUCACAAGAGCAAAAUGAGGACAUUGAGUUUCAGACCUUUGCUGCAGUGCCUGAAACUGAGAUAGGAAUUUCAGAGGUCAUGGAUGAAAUGAAUGAAUUACAUCUGAAAGAAGCAAAGGGCCUGCAAGUAUUUGAUCAAAUAUGGAAUGCUUACAUGAAAAACAUGAAGGAGUUUCUCCCAAACAUCAUUGACAUCAAAAGUCUUGGAAGACUACUGGAGAUACUGGCAAACAAAGAGGACUUUCAAGAAAGUGACAGCGAAGAAGACAUUUCUGUUGAUGUCCCUAAAAGUUUCACAAAUCGGUUGCUACCCAAAGGCCUUGCUGCUGGAAAUCCAAAUCUCAUUAUUUGCCCUCACAAUGAAGUUUUGACCGCUUGUAUCUCCACUUAUAUGAGCAGUGCAGACGAGGAACUUCCAACCUAUGAUGAAGUCCUGUUGUGCAACCCAUCAACUCCAUAUGAACAGGUAGAGCUAUUCCUAAGGCGUUGCCUCAGUCCAGGCUACAGGGGUCAGAAGAUCUAUUCUUUACUGUAUGGUGAUCUUCUAACUUAUGACGUGAGCUCCAAAGUUGAAAUAUUUUUUCAACGAAUGAAAAUGCAGAGCAGAAAAGACUACAGUCUUGUCAUCAUUUGCAGUUCAGAAAGAGAACAUGCAUACCUGCCAUCAGCUUUUAGCCAGUACAAACUGCAUAUGGUACCCCAAGAACCCCUACAAAAUAUUCAGAUGUACCUCCAGAAACACUAUGCUGUUCCAUCAGACCAAUCCAGCGCUGCAGCUGUGUUUACAGACAGACUCUGUGUUGGUGUCAUCUCAUCCAAAAGGGCUGGUGUUGGCAAAUCUCUUUACAUCAAGAGGCUGUUUGAAAAACUGAAGCACUCUGCAAAAAAGUCAUCAGCAUUAAAAUGCAUACGCUUGACUGAACCAGAAGUCAAUGAAACUAUCAUUCUUCAAGAUCUGUUGAACAUCCCAGCAAGGAAAGAGCUCACUAUGUUCCACUUUGAUGUCACGUCAUCUGUACAGAAAGGACUUCACGAGUUCCUCUUCAAGUUGCUAAUUUUGCGCUACCUAAUGGAUGCUGAGGGAAAGAUGUGGAGGUGCAAUGACAAGCAGCUUUAUGUCAUUGAGAUUUUGGAGCCCAUCCUCAAUACAGUCAAAAAUACCACUCGACAGGCUGCUACUAUCAACAGCAGCUUCACAGAUGUUUUCCCAAAUAUUUUCUGUCGACCACCCAAAGAGGUGUUGAUGUUAGAGAUGAGGAAGCAAGAGGACCCCAACAUGGUGAACCCCAAUGACCCACUUAUGGAUGACAAAGAGUUCAGGAGUGAAGCAUUCCAGCGACCAUACCAGUACCUUACACGCUUUCAUAAUCAUGUCGAUCUAGAUGUGUUCACGUAUCAGGGCCUUGAGGGAUCACACGUGGAAUGUCUUCAGAUGCUUCUCAUGUUUUGUGGAAUUAUGGAUCCAUCCUGGGCAGAACUGAGAAACUUUGCAUGGUUUCUUAACCUUCAGCUAAGAGACUGUGAGACAUCUGUUUUCUGUGACGCUGCUUUCACUGGGGACACACUCCGCGGAUUCAAAACCUUUGUGGUGGACUUCAUGAUUUUGAUGGCAAAGGACUUUGCCACUCCAUCACUCAGCAUCUCCGACCAAAGUCCUGGCAGGGUGCAAGCCAAUCUAGAUGGAGUCAGAGAUGAAGAUCUGGCUCCUUUCCUGAUCAGAAAAAGAUGGGAAACAGAGCCACAUCCAUAUAUUUUCUUCAAUGAUGACCAUAACUCAAUGACGUUUAUUGGUUUUCACCUUCAGCCCAAUGGCCAGAACUCAGUUGAUGCUAUUGAUCCCACCUCUAAAAGAGUGAUCAAACGAAAUGUCAUGACUAGAGAAUUAUAUGAAGGCUUAAAGCUUCAAAGAGUUCCCUUCAACAUUGACUUUGAUUCUCUUCCCAGAUGGGAAAAAAUAGAGAGAAUCUGUAAUGUUCUUGGCAUUCAGUGGCCUCUUGACCCAGAUGAAACAUAUGAACUAACAACUGACAAUAUACUGAAGAUGCUAGCAAUCCACAUGAGGUUCAGAUGUGGAAUUCCAGUUAUCAUCAUGGGAGAAACAGGGUGUGGAAAGACGAGGCUCAUAAAAUUCCUUUGUGAACUGCAAAAGGGGGGAGUAAGCACAGAAAACAUGAAACUGGUGAAGGUACAUGGAGGCACAACCUCAGAGAUGAUCUAUGCCAAAGUAAUAGAAGCAGAGAACAUUGCUUCUAUCAACCAACAAGACUAUGGAUUCAACUCUGUUCUUUUCUUUGAUGAAGCUAAUACUACAGAGGCCAUCAGCAGUAUAAAGGAGGUUCUUUGUGACAAGACAGCAAAGGGCGAAACAUUGAUAUCCAACUCUGGAUUGCAGAUAAUUGCUGCAUGUAACCCUUACCGAAAACACACAGAUGAGAUGAUCCGAAGGUUAGAAUCUGCAGGCCUUGGAUACAGAGUUCGAGCUGAAGAGACAGAUGAAAAGUUGGGUUCCAUCCCUCUUCGUCAGCUUGUGUACAGAGUCCAAGCUUUGCCACCAAGCAUGUGCCCUCUGGUCUGGGACUUUGGACAAUUAAAUGAUCACACAGAGAGAAUAUACAUCCAGCAGAUUGUGCAAAGAGUGAUAAAAGGCAAAGACAUCAAUCAAAAAUACUUUGAGUACAUCACAGAUGUCCUCUCAGCUUCGCAGAAGUACAUGCGAACAAGAAACGAUGAAUGCAGCUUUGUAAGCCUCAGAGAUGUCGAGCGCUGCAUGCAGGCUUUUGUCUGGUUCUAUGAUAACCACGGGAUGUUCUUUUCAGAGUUUCAGCAAUACGAAAUGAUUCAAAACGGUGAAGGGAACCUGGAACAGUUUGAAGAGAGAGAUCCUAUUCUCUGGUCUCUUGUUUUGGCCACUGGAGUAUGCUAUCAAGCCUGCCUUGAAAACAAAGACAAAUACAGACAAAAAAUCAGCGAAAAGUUACCACAUCCAUACACUCCAGCAAAAAUAUUGAAAGAAAUAUCAAUAAUGCAGGAUUUGCUAUUAAAUGGUGUUCCAAUGGGGGACACAAUUGCAAGAAACAAUGCCCUCAAGGAGAAUGUCUUCAUGAUGGUUCUCUGUAUUGAGUUGAGAAUCCCACUUUUCUUAGUUGGAAAACCUGGAAGUUCCAAAUCUCUGUCUAAAACGCUGGUUGCAGAUGCAAUGCAGGGCCAAGCUGCUCAUUCUGAGCUUUACAAAACACUGAAACAAGUCCAUUUGGUCUCCUUCCAGUGCAGUCCUCACUCAACACCUGAAGGUAUCAUCAACACAUUCAAGCAAUGUGGCCGUUUUCAGGAAGGAAAGAACCUAAAGGAGUACAUUUCAGUUGUGGUUCUUGAUGAGAUUGGAUUAGCUGAAGACUCACCGAAAAUGCCACUAAAAACUCUUCAUCCCCUGCUGGAGGAGGGUUGCAUUGACGACGAGCCAUUACCACACAAAAAAGUUGGAUUCAUUGGCAUCUCUAAUUGGGCACUGGACCCUGCAAAGAUGAACAGAGGCAUAUUUGUUUCCCGUGGGGACCCAGAUGAGAAGGAACUCAUUGAGAGUGCUAAAGGUAUAUGCUCAUCAGAUGUUAUGGUUUUGGAGAAGGUCAGGGAUUUCUUCAAACCCUUCGCAAUAGCCUACCUGAACAUUUGUGACAAACAAGGGAAAGGUUUUUUUGGACUCCGUGACUAUUACAGCUUGAUCAAGAUGAUCUUUGCUGUAGCUAAGGCCUCUCAACGAAAACCUACAGCUGAGGAGAUCGUGAAGGCAGUGUUGAGAAAUUUCAGUGGCAAGGAUGAUGUAGAUGCAGUCUCUGUUUUCACUAGUAGACUGAAUAUUGCACCAGAUCUGGAGACCAUCAACACCAUCGAGUUUGUGAGAGAAAACAUCCAAGCAGUUACACAGGAAGACGAGUGCAGGUAUCUCCUGGUGCUAACAAAGAAUUAUGCAGCCCUACAGAUACUCCAGCAAAUUUUCUUUUCGGAAAGGGAUCAGCCAGAAAUUAUUUUUGGAUCUAGUUUCCCAAAGGACCAGGAAUAUACCCAGAUCUGUCGCAACAUCAACAGAGUCAAAAUUUGCAUGGAGACCGGUCAAACCGUUGUGCUUCUAAACUUGCAGAACCUCUACGAAAGUCUUUACGAUGCACUCAAUCAGUAUUAUGUGUGCCUGGGAGGGCAGAAAUAUGUGGAUCUUGGACUGGGAACCCACCGUGUCAAAUGCAGAGUACACAAAGACUUUCGACUAAUCGUCAUUGAGGAAAGAGAAGUGGUCUACAAACAAUUUCCAAUACCUCUGAUCAACAGAUUGGAAAAGCACUACAUGGACAUCCACACUGUCCUCAAACCUGAGCAGAAGAGGAUGGUUAAUGAGCUGGACAAAUGGGUGAAUCUUUUUGCAACUGUGACCAGUCAGCAUGGUGCAGCAACAUAUCGAUACCAGCCUCCAGAUGUCUUCAUUGGCUACCACUCAGGCACCUGUGCUUCAGUGAUUCUUCAAGUCAUGGAGGAGCAGAAGGACAUUUUGGAAGUCUCUGAUUCUGAAAGGAAAUUGCUUGAAGAGGCUAAACUCAUAAUCCUCAAAUGUGCUACACCAGACUCAGUGGUGCGGUUGGACUGUGCUGCCCUACCUAAAGGGGAGUGUGAAUUCCUAUCCAAAGUCUACUUCGAGGAGCAAAACAACAGCUGUUUAGUUGACUACAUACUUGCUCACACAAGACAGGAAGGCCGUUGCUGCUCUUUCUUCACAGAGGUUACAACCUUCUCCAGACUACUGACUGCAUUUGACUUGGAACCUCUAGCACAAAUGUUGAACGGCGUUGAGCUGCUCUCACUCCAGCAGUUUGACACAGAGCACUCCUUCUUAAAGAAGAUCAGGAGUUUCCUUAAGGCUGAAAAUGGCGACAGUAGCGUUGGAACACAGAACAAGAUCCUCAUCAUUCAGUGUGAUUUUAAUGAAGCGGCUCAGGGUGCCAACCUCCUUGCAUCUGCAAAAUAUUCAUCAAUAAAUGAAAUCAACAAGAUAACUCAAGAAAACAAGAGGAGCAAGGUCUUUGUCUAUUUCAUCACAAGACUACCGAGAAUAGAAGGAGGGACUUCCUACAUUGGCUUCCAUGGAGGCCCCUGGAGAUCAGUCCACAUCGAUGACCUCAGGCGAUCAAAAGACAUAGUUUCGGACAUCAAAACUCUGCAAACAAUGACAAUCAGCCAGAUGUUUGAAACAGAAACAAUGCUGCCUGGAGCAAUGGACGUGGAUGAUGUGUCAACUGAGACUGAGCCAAUGGAAAUAGAGCAAAGUGGUUCAAACGAUGUUGUGGACACAACAGCUCUGCUUCGGAGUUGUGUGCAGAGUGCAGUCGGCAUGCUGAGGGACCAAGCAGAAAGUGGCUUUCGUAGCACUCAGAGAGUUGCCAUUCUUCUGACACUGUUGAGUGACGGUGAUGAAAUAAAAAGUGAAUUUCUGAAAACAGUGAAGAGGCGUCUUCACUCAGUGUUGGUGACUCAUGAUGGGAAUGCACUGUCAAACUUCAACAGCAAUUGGGUCCUUAAGGAGGCCUCCAACAUUGAUGCCUUGCAAGAAGGAGGGACCUUCAGGCAAACUCUAUGGAAACGAGUACAGGCUGUGGUUGUUCCCCUCUUGGCACAACUAAUUUCAGUCAUUGACCGUGAUCUGAACAUGGACCUCCUUCUUGAUGUCGACUGCUGUGAGUCAGUGAAGAGGCUCUGGUUGGACAUCUUCAGCGACGAUAAACUGCUGGAGCUUUCACAACUGCCAAUGGAUCGCAGACCUGAGACAACAACAAUUCUUGUACAGAACCACAUUGCUCAAGACAGCAAUAUGGGCUGCAGCAUGCCCUUCAGCUGGAAGAUUAGAGACUACCUGGAAGAACUUUGGGUCCAUGCACUACAGCAUGAAGGACAAACUCAGCAGGACUUUAUUAAGUUCUUCUGGAGGACUCCACUGGGACGCUAUCUUGCUGCAGCCGACCCAAAUACGCAGUUGGAGUUUUAUCAUCGCUACCUGCAAGAUUUCCUUUCCCUCACAAUGAACAUAACUCGUCUUGAAGAUCUGCAGCUUCUCUGCAGUGCAUUGAACUGUGGUGUCAAUGAGCUGCGACUGCAGGUUAAUGACACUGAGACGGUGACAUCACUCCCAUGGGUCCAUGCUGCUUAUCACCAGUUCAAAAACCGUCUGCAGAACCUCUUAAGAAUGACAUGCAUAGAACCUAAGGUGACAGAGGACCUCCUGGGAAACCAACCUGCCAGAAAUACUGAAGAGCUGAUGCUGGAUGUGUAUGCAGCUUUUGCAUGUUUGGAGCGCCUAGAGCCGAAUGAUUUGAACACAGAUGCACAAAUGCAAGCCUGGCUCCGGCAGGUGAAAAAAGUCCAGGUUCCCAUUGAGUUGAUCUGCGCAGAAGAGAGCGUAAAAAAAUACGGACAGAGGAGCAAGGUGUUUGUCAGCAGAGUCCAAUCCAGAUGGAAUCGCAUUUUUUCUCUGUCUUUAUUUGUGGAGCACAUGUUGUUGGGGAACGAAGAGCUGGAGGAAAAGUUGAAACCUUUGGUUUUGGAACAAACAGGAAAACUUGGAAAGAUGCUGGAAGAAAAUUCUGACCUCAAAACUCAGCAGGCCUUUGAGGCAGUGAUCCGUUUGUUGAAAACCUGCAAAGAGGAAGUCGUGGAGAGAUUAUUUAGAUUUGGUCACUCCAUUUGUCCGGUGUGUAUGGGAGACCCUCAGGAUCCACUGCCCCUGCCUUGUGAACACAUUUACUGUCUGGGCUGCAUUAAACAGUGGCUGAGUCCUGGUCAGAUGUUCUGUCCCCUUUGCUUGGAACCAGUUAGUGAUGACUUCCCCUUAUUUCCCUCUGAUGAGAUAAGGGUUUGUGUGGCCCAACAUGCUCAGUUCAGAAAGCAGUGCAAUGCUUUCUUCAUAGACCUGGUAUCCACUGCCUGUUUUAAGGACAACUCUCCACCCUGUUCUGCUGUCAUUUUUCAUUUGCUCUCCUUCCUCAUGGUGGAAGCAAACCCGAUUACCUACCUUAGAGCUAAUCAUCAGAUUCAUACCAAAAUGCUCUCUCCGUUUGAUGAUUCUGUGGAUAAAAAUCCAGUGGUUCGCUCUGUGGUUCUCAAACUCUUGCUGAAGUAUAGCUUUGAUGAUGUUAAAGAAUAUCUGCAGCUGCAUCUCCUGGAAGUUGAGCAAAGCAACCUUUUGGAGGAAAGUGAUAAAACUGAACUGUACUGCUUGUACAUCAACUGUCUGGAGGAUUCCAUGUUUGACAGGUCCAGUGCAGAUAAGCAAGUGAUUCUGCAAGAGGAAAGUGCCUUCCUAACCGACUUCCUGCAGUCCCAUAGUCAGUCCGGUAAAGAAGCAACUGUGGAGUACCUUCAGCAGUUAGCUAGAGUGCGCAUGGACCUAGAUACAACUGCAAGUCUUAUUAUGGAAAAUCUGCAAAACAAAGGCUUCCAGAGGGAGACUCAAAGGGCAACUGAAGCCUACCUGGACAGCAUGAUGAAGCUGUGUGUCCAGAGUGGAAACGACUGGUAUCGAGUUUAUUUGAUCCGCAAGAUCUCCAGCCAGCGGGGAGUGGAGUUUGUCCAGAAAAUCCAGAAAAAAGAUCAGAUGCGUUGGCUCUUCCCUGAUGAAGUUCUGCUAAAGAGUGAAGAAACCAUUCAGAUAGACCAAUACCUCGUGUAUGGUGAAGAUUACCGAACUAUCAGAGAGGCUGUUGCAAAAGUAAUGAUGGAAGGCAAAGUUGAAGGCCUGGAAGAGGUCUGUAAGGGGAUCAAUUGUUUGCCACAACAGAAAACGGUUCACUAUCUAUUGGCCCUUUACAGAGAAAUCACCACCCUCUAUAGAAACACCAACCCCAACCUCCAUCCAAAGCCUGAGCAACUGGACGCUCUGAUAAAUUGCUUCCACUCAUCUGAAGUCCUGUCCAGCCAAGAGGAGAAAGCUUUUGCCCAAGCUUUGGUCACCAACAAUCUUGGACCAUUGACUGUUUGUCCCAGGGCCUCUGGGGCCCAGCGUGUGAUGGUGGACGUAACCAUUCACCUGGCUGUUGUCUUGCUUUGUGGAAAAAAUGGAUUCUUGGCUCCCCUGCAGCAACUAGCAGUCACACCUGCCAACAUGCAAGCAUCUUUCUUGCCUACCAUGCCAGAGGACAUGGUUGCUCUGGCUAGGCAAGCUCUAAAUUCAAUGCAGUUGCAGUGGUACACUUGCCCAAAUGGUCAUCCCUGCACUAUUGGCGAGUGUGGACAGCCCAUGCAAAGGAGUCGAUGUGUCGACUGUGGGGCUGUUAUUGGAGGAGAAAACCACGCCCCUGUGGACGGAUUUCAACAUCUACAAUUCCAGGGCGAUCGGACUCAGCCAGGCCAUAUUCUUGGAGACCCCAGGAACCGGGACAACCCCAACAUGAUGGACACAAAGGGCCUUUCUUCUGUUCCCUUCACCACUCUGCGCAUGUUCACUCAUAUGGCCAUGUUGCUCGGCUUCUGCCAUCACGCACCGUUCAUCUCUGCAAUCAUCAAGCCACCAGUAGCUGACCCUGCAGCCUUUCUGUUUGAGCAUUUGGAAAAAGACCUGAAGCAUUUGAUCAGAUCUUUGGGUAAGGGGACUGAUGAUACCAUCUGUGCAGUCCACCUGCUCAUCAGCAGCCUUCUGGAACCUCACCAGCAACAGAAAUGGCCUGUGCCUUAUGACAGUCGUCUGUCCUCCAAAGACGCUAGAAAUGCUUGGGAUGUUGAAAUGAGUAAUACUGUUAUAACACCUCAGCUGAAGAACUUGGAAAGGAGGCUAAAGGAAGUGAACAGCGUCAUCAGAUCUGACUCCCGCAUCUCUGCCAAUCCAGUCAUGACGCUCGUCUUCGGAGAUCCUAAACACUUUUUGGCCUCCCUUCACCCAAAUUCUCUCCUUCAUUGCUCUGCUGUGUGGAGCUGCAGGCAGAAAGUGUCUUUACUGAGCCUUACCCACAUUGUAGAGCAGAAUGAUGGCAAAGACACACUGCCUGUGUUGUGGAGGUUCUUGCAUAGGGAAGCAGAGAUCCGACUGGUUAAGCACCUACCGGACAUCCUCACACUCCAGAAGGAUUUGGUCAAGAAGUUUCAAAAUACGUCUGAGCUGGCUUUUGAUACCAUUGGGGAAUUUCUUGAAACACAGAAAGCAGGUUCACUUAAAGCCUGGUACAUGAAACGCAUCACCAUCUUCUUGAAAACCUGGAAUCAACUCCGGGUUUCCCUGGCAACCAAUGGUGAGAUAAAGAUUCCUGCCGACUUCUGCCAAAAAGACCUGGACUUAAACAGUGACUUUAAGGUGCUGUUGCCGCGACGACAGGGCCCAGGCCUGUGCUCCACAGCCCUUGUCAGCUACCUAAUUUCUGUUCACAAUGACCUUAUCUACUGUGUAGACAAGCACACUGAAGAAGAGACCAGCUUCAAAGUGAGCCCUGCAGAUCUGACUGAGUUGCAUGUGAUUCAUUACGAGUUGGAGCGAGAUGUGAUGCCUCUGGUUCUGUCAAACACCCAGUACAGCAUCCAGAAGGGUCAGGAAACCAUCCAUGAGUAUGAUUUGCUAAAGAUCCAACAGCAAAUUAUCUCUCGCUUCCUACUGGGCAAACCUCUCCUAACUCUCAAUGGCAUUCCAACACUGGUGAACAGACAUGAACGCAACUAUGAGAUCAUCUUUAAAGAUAUAAAAACAAAGGUCAAACAAGAGUCUCUUCAGAAUCUCACCCUGGUGUCUAUUGCUGGGGAGCUGCAGUCCUACAGUGAAGUGUGUGAAGCUCUUUCCACUCUGGAGGUGGCUCUUGGCUUCCUGGCCAUGACAGGGGGAGAGCCUCACAUGCAGCUCUCCCACUACCUGGAGGAGGUGCUGCAGAUGGGAAACCAGGUGGCCCAGCACAUCCUCAAGACCCUGAGUAUGUGUUGUUUGAAGCAUUGUGUGGCGCUUUGGCAGCUACUGGCUUCACUCAAAUCAGAAAAUAUGCUACGACUCAAGAGGGAUCCGUUUGUGGGAAUUUCUGAAGACUACAAGCAGGUCCUGGGUGAAGACGAGCACCGCCAGCUGACCGCUUUCUUCUCCAUAUGCAAUGGUGACACUUUCUUACUGGAGAUGCAUGAGUUCAUGGUGCUGGUCCUCAAAAUGCCCAAUGCUACGGAGACGUACCGGCCUGACUGGGGCUUAAAGGACACUCUGGUGUCUUAUAUGGAACGCAAAGACCUUGACAUUCCUCAAGAUGUGGAGGAGCUCUUCCCAGACGGGAUGUGCCUGUGCCAUUAUGUGGAAGCCUGGAAGUUCAUCGUCACUUUCAAGCAGGAACGAGCUCAGAAAAUAUGAGGAUAAUUCUGCACUUUUUUUUUUUUAUUAUUGUUGUUCUUAAUUCUUUUUUGUUAAUACAUAUCUCAGAUAGAAAUGUUGAAUUUCCAGAAACAGUGUUGAUAAAUCAUGUUUUUGCACACUUCCAUACUAAAGAAAUGUGCCUUUAUAGAGUAUUUGUACUGAUUGGACAAUGUCUUUCACAUUAGUAUUUUGUUGGUGCCAUUAAUCACGUUUAGAUUUGAUCAGUUAAAGCCUCGUCUCUGAUAUAUUGUUCAUUCCAUCGUUUCUUUACAUUUCUUUGAAAUAUCUUUUUCUUUUCUAUCUGUGCUUCAAGACCGUUUCUUUUUAUUCAUAAACAUGUUGCAGCAUUGGUGAAACUGAAUUGUAACACAUUUUAGCACACUAUGGAUGCUGUUUCUCAGGAUUACACUGUUUUUUGAAUAAUGCACUCCAAAAAAGCCUUAAGAACAGGAAGGUCCUGUACAACUGAGAAAGAACUUGAAGAAAGUUUUGUUUGCACUUUCCUGAUGCAAUAAAAUUGCAUUCGCCAUGAAUGUUCUGUGUUUGCAA